AUGUACCCCCGACGCUCAUUCACAUACAUUCGUCCUUUACUUGUCUUUGCGAAAUCCUUCCGCAAAAUUCUCCAAUUCCAGUCACUUUACUCUGAUGCGUUGGCGUUGGCCGAUCGUGUUUACAUUCCGCCUGCGUACCACAAUGGCAGUGUGAGGGUUGAAGGCCUGUCAGUGCCAGGAAAUCUCGAUGGGUUCAAGAUGAGAACCGCGGCCAACCGAACAUCUUUUGACUUCUGGUACUUUGAUGCCUUCUCAAAAACAACUGGUGCGGCUAUAAACAUCGUUUUCUUCAAUACGGGGGAUUUCGCCGAAAAUCCAAAUCCCCUGGCAGUUCAGAUUUCCGGUACUUACGAUAAUGGUACCGAAUUCUUUGCUCAGGCAUUAGCCUCUAAGGGUGCUGUUCUGAAGAACGACGAAGAAGGUGUUUCUGGCGACUGGAAAGGCGCUGGUGCUAGUUUCAGUGGAACCAAUCUGAACAAGCCUAAUGUCACGUAUGAAAUCAUACUUGAUUCUCCAAGUAUCGGCAUUAAAGGAACUUUUGUCUUGAAGUCGCGCGCUCCCGCUCACUACCCUUGCAACAUGAACGUCGAAGGCAUGAAUACGCUCCUUUUGCCCCAUUUGCAUUGGUCAAACGCUGUUCCAGACGCCCAAGCUAUCGUCAAUCUGGACAUUAAUGGCACCAAAUUUAGCCUUACUGACGGCGUUGGAUACCAUGAUAAGAAUUGGGGCGAUAAAUCGGUGAUUACCAGUCCAAAGUACUGGGAUUGGGGACAUGCCCAAUUGGGACCCUUUUCACUGGUCUGGUAUGAUCUCCUCGACUACAACAGCACCGAACACACCUAUGCGUACGUCGCAAAGCAUGGUGACGUUGCCCUGGCCAGCUGCGCCAAAAAUGCUGUAAAGGUUCGUCAGUGGGGUGCCAAUACAACUUACCCGCCCUCCUUUGGUAUCUCGAAGGCAGCCGGCUUCACUGCUCGCUUUGAUCUUGGGGGCGGGCAAGUUCUGGUUGCAAACUUAACCAAGGAGCAAAUUGUACACGAUCAGAUUGUUUACGCUCGUGCACUGGGCUCCGUGACGGGUGGGAUUGAAGGGCAGCAAGUCUACAAGGGACGCGGUCACUAUGAAGAGUUUAUCUAUGGGAUCUUGUUCUAG